GGUCCGUCGUUCAAACCGGCGAGUUGGCUUACUUUUUUCCCACUUUUUCUUUUCGCUCUUGCCUUACAAACUCCCUCCAUCUCCGCCCCCUUCGUCAUCUCAACAAAGCCCCUCUUUGUCCACUUCGAUCUCUUUGCGACGUCUAAAGGUCUGAAGUGCACGGAUCGCGAUGCUGUAGCGCUGUAGCGUUGUAGUCUCGCCGUAUGACGUGUCAUAACCCAUCACGCGGACGCCCGAUCACCGAGGCUCUCUACAGGAUCCGAGUCCAGGGCAUAGCUCUCCUUAUCGUCCGCGAUGGGCACUUCCGUCGAUGUCGCCUUUCCCGGCGACUCGCCCCUCCUGGAUUGGGCCACGAUCUUGAGCUUGGUAUUCGGCGGUUGCUGCUCCAACGUCUUUGCUUUGGAAGCCGUGCUCAAGAGUCAUCCUAGUGCCGGCAUCUUCCUGACCUUUGUCCAAUUCCUCUAUGUCGCCUGCUCGACCCUAUCCACCCAGGUUACCUUUACCGGCGGAUUGCCCCGCCUCAAGACCCGUGUCGUGCCCCUGAAACGAUGGGCUGGGCAGGUGGUCAUGUUCCUGGCCGUGUCGUUGCUCAACAACCUGGCUUUCGGGUUAAAGGUCCCAGUCCCCGUACACAUCAUCUUCCGCUCUGGUGGACUGUGUGUCUCGAUGGUAGUCGGCUGGCUGGCGGGCAAGAAGCGGUAUAGCGGGUCCCAGGCGCUCUCGGUCAUGCUCGUCACCGUCGGCAUAAUCGUAGCCACGGCUUCAGCUCCGCCUAAACCCAAAGGCAAGCCACCCUCGAUACAACAUCGACCCGCGACUACUGCCUCUUCGAAUGCUUGGGGUCUAGCGGACAACACGCAAUACGUCAUCGGCGUAGCCAUUCUGUCACUCGCCCUCAUCAUCUCGGCGUUCAUGGGCCUGUUCCAGGAAAAGACGUACAGCAAAUAUGGUCGUGGAGGUGCCGUCUGGCAAGAAUCCAUCUUCUAUAGCCACGCCCUCUCGCUCCCUCUGCUCGUCCCAUUCCUCUCCAACAUGUCGAACGAUUUCGCUGCUAUCACGAACACGCCACCUACCGUAUUCCGCAUCCCGAUGCCACCAGGGAUUUUGCCCAACAAGUACCCAGGGUCUCCUACUAGCAACGUUCUCGCCGUUGGCAUCCCUUCGGCUUGGAUCGCGUUUGCCAUGAACAUCUUCACCCAAGGCCUAUGCAUCAACGGUGUCAAUCGGCUGACCUCGCGGGUCUCUUCCGUCAGCGUCAACCUGAUUCUGACCGUGCGCAAGGCCGUCAGUUUGGGGAUUUCGGUCUGGUAUUAUGGCGCCGGAUUCAACAAGGGAUUGACGACUGGCGCUGCCAUGGUUCUAGUGGGCACGGUACUAUACAGUAUGGCUCCUAGCCCAGCUCGAGUCGAGCAGAAAGCCAAGACUGAGCCUGCCGAUACGAUAUCGACAGCAGACAACUCGAUCGGUAGGACAACUGCUACCCAGGCUAGCGACGCAGACCUGAAACAACGACAGAGCGGUCGUUUCACGGAAGUUGAAUAGAUCGUACAUAUAGAUGCUGAAUGCACGCACGCAUACACGAUGGGACACGCGAGUCUGAACUUGGCCUUGAUCCAAAAUGGAUCGCAGUCUAGCCAGAAGGAGGAUCAACAGGUCGUUUGGCUCCCGCAUUUUCGGCCCUUUCCACCAUGAGCUGAAUGGACGGUUGUGCUUGGGACGCGCAUGUAUGAUCUAACUCCGGGACUGGGAGUCCACCUAUGGCGCGAAUGGGUCCAGACAAGUUGUCAAAGUAAAGUACCGGUCAACAGCAUAAAGAUGGACAUAAACGGCGGCACAAGUCGCCGGACCUAUUCUAGUUGUACAAUUUUCGACAUUUUUCUUUUGGUGUUGCCACCACGCGUGGUUUGGGUGUAACAAGGUUCGGGGUCAAAAAUGAGAUGACAACCCGACCUGAAAUAUAACGUAAAGCAAAAUCGAAACGCAAGACCUCUUUUGUC